AUGUCGAUAUCAUCACGAACUGUAUACAACAAUUCGCCGUCUUCACAGCUACUGGCCCAAAUACAAGCCCAAAGACGACUCCAGCAACAAACUUACCACACUGGUCCUGAUUCUAACCCCCCUCAAAAAGAUCAGGAUAUUUCCAUGCAACACGAGCAAAGCCAACCUGCUUUGCAUAGACGUGGAUCCAGCCACCCGUCAACGCCCAAUUUACCUAUGAAGUUCAAGUUUAAUCCAAAGGAGACGCAUGGAGGCAACAACAACAGUGACAUCAAUUUAUCUCAACUUCUAACUAAUGAAUACGAUCAUGUGGAAAGCCUAUGGAAAAUGUACAAUAAAGCAAGGGACUCAUUACCUUACAACUCCAGGAUGGAAAAUUUAACAUGGAGAAUGAUGCAUCUCACUAGUAGUUCGAGCUAUAACUACAAAAGAUUUGACUCUAUCGGGCAUGAAAAUGAAGCUGCAAGAGCCGAAAAAACGAACAGUGAUAAUGGGUGGGCAAGUGACACAGAGCUAUUCAACAUCAUUGGUGACAGCGAUACAAUAUCAGACAAAUUGAGCCCGCACGGAAGGAAUAUCCAGCAGCUGUAUUCACCAGCACAAGAUAACGACCAUCGUCAGUCAUAUUACCGGAGGCAACACCAGCCUCAUGAAGAACCUUCUCAAACAUCCACAAACUCGUUCUCACCUGCCAAUGCACAAUCCAAUAACAAGUCGGGUAAUACGAUGGCUGAUGAUGAUUUCGACUACGUUGCUCAUAUCAAAAAGUUGGGAGCCUCAAAUUUUGAUUCACCAGAUAGAAACAGAGGGGCUGACAUAAAUCCAAAUGAUUAUGCAUCCCCCCAACCAAUGGGGGGAAUGACUUCAAUCAGUAAUAUUCCAAGAAAGCGUCUGACGCAAUUCUCACCUCUGGUUUCCGGCAUCGGCCCUUCUUCACAAACUGGGAGGCCAGUUUCCAACUUGUCGCAGCAAUUGCAUGACUAUGACAAGUUUGGUCUAGAAUUUUUGGGUAAUCAUCCACAAGAAGGUCAGAAUAGUCCGCGACACGAUCAUAAUAUCUUACAGUAUCCACAGGCAUCAUCUUCAUUUGAAUUCUCAUUAGAUCCAUUGGCAUUUGAGGGCCCAAAUGAUAAUUUCCGUGAUGUCAACAUGCACUCAAUACCCGAUAGUUUUGCAUCUUCAUAUGAAAAGCCUUUAUUUGAUGACUUGGUAUCUUCACCUGCCACCAACAGUGGUGCCGAAUCUUUAUCUUCAUCACUUUCAACGAUAAUACCAUCGAGUACGCAGUUUUCUUCAAUAAGUCAUCAACCAACGGCAGUAAAUCCAAGAAGAUCCAUCACUGCCACUCCAUCAAACUUACUACGUCAGGAAUCACUUGUAUCGUUACCCGAGUUUGCCAACAUCCAAAACAGCUUCCAUGGUAAUUUACACCACAAUGACACAUUCACUAAUAAAUCAGCAAUGGUAACACCCACCCAGCAAUUCUCGCGUAGUCUCAAUCAAAACGAAUCGUUUCUAAAUCAGUCUUUAAACCAUACUGAUAUUAAAGUCACUUUACCGAGCCAAAGCGGACAUAGCUAUUUUGAUGAUGUAAAUGAACCAUCGCCUGGCAAGAAACCCAGAAAACCAAAACAGGCUAAACAAGGAAACAGGAGCAAGAAUCAAGUAGAUGCAAGAGCCGGCGACAGUGAUGGUGGACGAAAUGCUACAAAUGGUACUUCCAGUACGAAUGAAAGUGGUCCAUCAUGUACAAACUGUCACACAAAGACGACCCCGCUUUGGAGACGUAACCCAGAAGGACAACCAUUAUGUAAUGCAUGCGGUCUCUUCUUAAAAUUGCAUGGUGUCACACGUCCACUUAGCCUCAAAACAGAUAUAAUCAAAAAGCGUCAACGUGGCCCUACAAAUCCAAACAACAAAAAGGACGAUAAUGACGGCGAUGAUUUAAACCCAACAUCAUUGAAGAAAGAGGAUCGAAAGUUGAACAACGCAUCAGGUGUAAAGAAGGUACGUCGACCAAGUAUUAAGCGAAGUAAGUCGAGCACAAAAGUUCCCGAGAGUUUAUUGUCGAGACAGUUGACUCAUUCAUUGUCAAGCAGCCCUGUGACUGUGCCAAGUACAGCGUUUGCUAGUGCUCCUCUGCAGAAGAUGUCUUUCAAUGAACCGGUUGAUGGUGGUUCCACUAUAAGUAAUGAUUAUGAUUGGUUACGAUAUUAA